UGGCAUAAGCGACAUAGUUUGUACAGUAACAACAAAGCCAUGGCUGCUAAGUUUAGUAUUAGAACUACAUCAUCGUUCUUCGUAGUUCUGUGUUUAACUGUGAUUUUGUUUUAUACUUUGUCAUGCUUUUCUGCAGAUCCCGACCCGCUCCAAGACUUUUGUGUUGCUGACUUGAACUCCCCAAUUAAUGUGAAUGGGUACCCUUGCAAGCCAGAGUCUCAAGUUACAUCAAAUGAUUUCUUCUUUAGCGGCUUGAGGUUCGGAGCGAGCACAGCGAAUCCCUUAGGGUUUGGAGUGAGACGUGGUAAUGUUACCACCUUCCCUGGGUUAAACACCCUUGGAGUUUCUGUAAACCGAGUCGACUUCGCACCUAGUGGAACUGGUCUACUUCAUGUACACCCUCGAGCAAGUGAAUCUCAUUUUGUCGUAAAAGGGAAAGUCCUUGUUGGGUUCAUAAGUACUACUGAUGUUUUUUAUUCAAAGGUUCUGAAAGCUGGAGAGAUGUCUAUUAUUCCUAGAGGGCUUGUGCAUUUUGUGGCGAACGUUGGGCAGACGAAGGCUGUCGUGCUAGCUUUGUACAACAGUCAACUGCCAGGAAUUUCACUACUGCCUAAUAACCUCUUUGGUUCUACCCCAACAAUUCCUAAUUAUAUUUUGGCUAAGAACUUACGAGUAGAUGACAAGGUCAUCGCUCUCAUAAAGUCUAGGUUUGCUGUCGAUGGUUCUUUGGCUAUUGAAACCUGGAAAGAUAUAUAGGUCUCUCUAGUGUGUGCAUACCGAGUCUUGUUAAGUAGUCUGUCGGAAUGCUCGAGUAAGUUUCACUACUCGAAGAGUCCAUAAUAAAGCCAUGUAUGCUAAAUCAAAUCCUUGUAAUCACCAAUGGUGGCAUCAACUACCUUCUCUACCUACUGGAAUUCUUCCGGUCUGUGAGAAGGACUAUGUAACCUUCUUAAUUAUAUGGUUUGUGAAAAUGAUAGUACGAAAUGAAUGUUAACCAGUGUUUACCCUGUUGCUGAA